UGUGAUCAGCCGGUCUGCUUCGAUUCUUAGGGUAGUUAAUUGUUUUCGUACAGCGUUCCGUUCUCAUCAUUCAUUAUUAUUAUUCUUCGUCUUCUAGUUCUGUGAACAUCAUGUUUUCCCUUAGACAGAUCUUUACUACUUCGGCCAUUCUGGCAGUGGCUCACGGCCAAGGUGUUAUUCUCAAAGCCCAAGGAGCGAAAGGAUCGCCGGCGAGUCUCGGCCUACAAGUUAAUCCCGAUGACAACGGCGACGCCAACUUCAUAUCGCAAGUCGAGAUUGUGACAAAUAUCGUGAACCAGUGCGGGAGGACUUUACAAGCCGGUAAUAUCGAUGUGGGCGCUACUACCGAGGAUGCUCUGGCAGCAAACCAAGUCACCAAGGUGACCAAGGGCAGCAAGGUGGAUAUCACAAUUCGCCAAGUUAACGAGACCGGUGCUGGUCCGUAUACUUGUGAUAUGGACCUGACGGGCAACACGGCUGGAGCCACAGGGCAGAUCAAUGUUACAACAACUGAAAGCAAGGCCAACAAGAACGGGGAAAUUACUCUCCAAGUGACGAUGCCCAACGACUUGGCAUGCAUCGGAUCUUCGACUGGUGACGUUUGCACUAUACGAUGCCGCAACGCGAAUGAAUUCGGUGGGUGUGUCGCAGUGCAGCAAACCGACACUACGCCCGCUGAAAACACGCCGGAGAACAUUGAAGCAUUCCAGUCUUUGGAGGGCAUCACCACUCAGAUCCAACAGAACAUAGCUGAUCUUCCGGCGGCUGUCAAGGCACUCUCGGAGUCUGGAAAGUCUGACGCGGAGAUCGGAACAGCUAUCGUAGACGGGAUCCAAGCGGCGGACCCGACAACCAACGGGCUUGCACAGGACCAAGCCAAUGACGGCAACGCCGGUAAUACUGGCAACACUGGUAACAACAACAACAACAACGGCAAUGCCAAUGGUAACGGUAAUAACCGGAACGGCAAUGCUAAUGGCAAUGCUAACGGUAAUGCCAACGGUAAUGCCAACGGCAAUGCUAAUGGCAAUGCCAACGGUAAUGCUAAUGCCAAUAACCGCGGAGGCAGAGCUGGUCGCAACGGGGCCAACAACAACCAGCGACGCUCAAUAAUGCGCCGUCGCAGAGAAGCACAGACGGGCAUGUUUUAAGCAGCGGAAGAUAAUGUAACCUAGGUACUCUGCUCAGUUCGGUGCGUGGUUUCGGUGUAUCAUGGAACUGAGGAUGACCAACGAGUGAUGUACAUUGAUUGAAAACAAUAAUCCCACUUGUGUAAAUAGCAAUAUUCAUAGACUAAAAGCUCCCGGGUGAGCUCGUUGUAUUUGUUUGAUCUAUUCUU